CUUGCCCUCAGAGAGAAUGCUGUUCUCAGAGAAGAAAAAUGGUGCAGCUGGAUUAAAAAUGAGUCGUGGUCAGCCGAUAAUUAGCUCUCUUAAAUAAGUGCAAGAAAACACGCCUGUCAGUGUAGUCCCUGCAAAAACUUUGUCAGAACUCCAGUUUUUGAUUAGAAUAAUUGAUUCAUUUUUAUUUCUAUUGAGUGGAAGUUGGAAUAGUGAAACCAGCUGUUUGGGCCACAUUGUGAAAUUGUUUGUCCUGAACUGCUGAUAUAUAAAAAAAGUGAUCUGCUUGCACACAGCAAGAGCUAUAAAUUAAGUUGUUGCUACGAGUCUCUCCAAAUCCUGGUCAGAGAAGAAACUGAAGACAGCCUUUCAUGCCGCUUCCUUAGCCAGCCGUUUGGGAAUGAGCGGGGGCCUUGGGAAUGGGUUCUAACAGUCGCAUGGGCUGUACCCAAUAAGAGAAAUCGGAGAAGGACAUUCAUGGACGGGUCCUCUCUGUGAAUGAAUAGUAACAAAGAGCAGUAGGAAGAAAAGCAGGCUUCUUUCAGCAGCUUUUGCAAAUCCAGCCUGAUGGAAGUUGAGGCAGCAGGGAGCUCAAUGCCAGCCAACAAGAGAGCAGCUAGCAGACCUCUCCAGAUAGCCCUUGGUGUGUUUGCGAGUACCACGGUCGUGCUUGGCACUGCACUUUUCUUGGUUAGCCAAGGGCAUAUAAAACUUCCUUCUAAGCAACAAUAUUGCUUGACUCCGGAAUGUGUUGAAGCUGCUGCUGCUAUCAAAAGCAAACUCAAUACCUCCGUGGAUCCCUGCGAUAAUUUCUUCCGGUUUGCUUGUGAGGGAUGGAUAGAGAAUAAUCCAAUUCCUGAAGACUCAUCAAGUUACGGAGUCUACCCUUGGCUGAGACAUAAUGUGGACCUCAAGCUGAAAGCUCUACUUGAGAAACCUCUCAGCAAAAGGCGGGACAAUGAAGCUGUACAGAAGGCCAAGAUACUUUACUCUUCAUGUAUGAAUGAGAGUAAGUACCUCUUUUAUUUCCAGGGUUACCAGUUGGCAGCCGAAUGUACGUUUGACUCUGCUACACACCAAGGAGUGAACAGUAUCACAAUCAGCACCCUGAUAACUGUUUGUGAUGGUAAUACUAGGAAGGCUAAAGCGUCUAGUGAGGAUUUAAUUCAACAUCAAAUGAAAUCAUUGCAUGUAGUGGAAACAAAUAAUUCCUUCCUUCACCACUCAGAUGAAGAACUAGAUCAAGCAUCUCUGUCUCUAUCAGCAAGAGAAGACUACCUGGACAACAGCACAGAAGCUAAAUCUUACAGAGAUGCUCUGUUCCAGUUCAUGGUUGACACCGCAGUGCUUCUGGGUGCCAACGCGUCGCGUGCAGAGUUGGAUAUGAAGUCUGUGCUCAAGCUGGAAGUCAAAAUAGCUGAGAUAAUGAUCCCACAUGAGAAUCGAACCAGUGAAUCUAUGUACAACAAAAUGAACAUUUCAGAACUUAGUGUCAUGGUCCCACAGUUUGACUGGCUGGCGUAUAUCAAGAAGGUGAUUGACACCAAACUCUAUCCUGAACUGAAGGAUAUAGAUGCUUCAGAGAAUGUGAUUGUUCGUGUACCCCAGUACUUCAGAGAUUUGUUCAGGAUCUUGGAAAGUGAAAGGAAAAAGACUAUUGCCAACUAUCUUGUGUGGAGAAUGGUUUAUUCAAGACUGUUCAGUCUCAGCCGACGUUUUCAAUAUAGGUGGCUGGAAUAUUCAAGGGUGACCCAAGGGACAACCUCCUUAAUGCCUCAAUGGGACAAAUGUGUCAACACUGUGGAAAGUGCUCUCCCCUAUGCCACUGGCAGAAUGUUCGUAGAUGUGCACUUCCAAGAAGACAAGAGGGAAAUGAUGGAAGAGUUGACUGAAGGAAUUCGUUGGGCCUUUAUGGACAUGUUAGAAAAGGAAAACACCUGGAUGGAUUCAGAAACGAAAAGAAGAGCUACUGAAAAGGCAAAAGCGGUUUUAGCCAAAGUCGGUUACCCUGAAUUUAUAAUGAAUGAUACAUAUAUUAUUGAAGGCCUCAAAACAAUGAAGUUUUCAGAAACAGAUUAUUUUGGCAACCUACUUCAGACUCGCAGACAUGCAGCACAAUCUGAUUUCUACUGGCUGAGAAAAGAGGUUCCAAAAACAGAGUGGUUUACUAGUCCAACUACUGUUAAUGCUUUUUACAGUGCAUCUACAAAUCAAAUCAGAUUCCCAGCAGGUGAACUUCAGAAACCAUUCUUUUGGGGAACAGAAUAUCCGAGGUCUUUAAGCUAUGGUGCCAUUGGAGUAGUUGUUGGGCAUGAAUUUACACAUGGCUUUGAUAAUACUGGCCGUAAAUACGACAAGUAUGGAAAUUUGGAUUCCUGGUGGUCUGCAAACUCUGAAGAGAAAUUUAAAGACAAAACAAAGUGUAUGAUUGAUCAGUACAACAACUAUUAUUGGAAGAAAGCGGCCCUCUAUGUGAAAGGAAAGAGGACUUUGGCAGAAAACAUUGCAGAUAAUGGAGGUUUGCGAGAGGCAUUUAGGGCCUAUAGGAAGUGGAUCAAAGAGAAGAGACAAGGAGAGGAAGAGGCCCUCUUACCAGGCAUUGACUUCACCCACAAUCAGCUGUUCUUUCUGAGUUACGCUCAUGUCAGAUGUAAUUCCUUUAGACCAGAAGCUGCAAGAGAGCAAGUAUACACUGGAGUUCACAGUCCGCCACAGUUCAGAGUUAUUGGUGCUAUGAGUAAUUUUGAGGAGUUCCGGAAAGCUUUCAACUGCGCAGAUAAUAGCACAAUGAAUCGAGGUGCACAGUCCUGCCGGCUUUGGUAGCCAUUCCUGUGGAAACUUGCACUGAAAUCACUGCUGCAUUGUAACGCUGAACUGUCAACAAACUACAUCUGCUUCAGAACAGCAUUAGCCUCCUGUGGACCAGAUUUGCUUUCUGUGUGAGUUUGAGGGCAUGCCUGUAUACCUGCACACAGCUUGUCACCUGAGUGGGUGACCCACAGAGAUCUACUAUUAUUUAAUUGCUUGUUCAGGGUAUAGGAACCAUAUAUAAUAUAGGCUGUAGCAGAGAAUAUGCUUCAUCAGAGAAAUAAACAGACAUGAGUGGUUACUUACAGAUAAUGCUUGUAACAAAUUCAAAUAUGUGAUUUAGCAGGCUAAUUCCUACAGACAUUUAUUCUGAAGGAAGACCCACUUUAUUCAAAUUCUGUUUUUCUGUGGGUCAGAAGACAUGCACGGAGAAAGCAUUUUUUUUGGCUCAUGGCCAUGAUAGCUGUUCUGCAGUCUUCAACAGGCACAUUUAAAAACACAUGCAAACCUUCACCUUUAGUCACCAUCUCUCACAUCCAGUCACCAUCUCUCACAUAUAUCUUCUUUGUGACAAGCAAAAGAUAGCAUUGGGGCAGGUGGAGAAGAGGGAAACCAGCAAUUUUUCUGAUCAAAAUUGCACUUCCCUCCAAAGGGCUUUUCUGCUUUGUGAUGGAAAGGUAGAAGUGACUCCAUAUAGUGUUAGUUUGUAUUUAAAGCACCCACUCCCUUUUUUCUUCAUAUGAAUGCAUGUGUGCAUAUGCACUUAACAUUAUUUCCACUUUCUUUCAGGGUCAAUAAGUGUUACAAAGAGUAUAAAGGAAGGACUCACACUUCCCUGUGUUUUCUUUGUUAGUUUUACUCCUCCCUCCCCUCUUUAGCUUGCCAGCCCACUAAUCUUGGUUGCAGUAACCCCGUAAAUGGACCCGAGACCAAAGCAAAGGCAGGCUAAUCUUUUCAGGAAUGGGAAUAAUGGCUGUAGCAAAUACAGGACCUAAGUCUCCAGCUGUGCACUAUGAUCUUUCCUAUAGGCCCAUGUCCAUUCUCUUGAUUCUGUUUUUGGACCCUGGAUGCAGUGCUCGUUAAAUUAAAACAUUUAAUUCUAAUUCUGAAAAUAGGACAUCUUUGUGAGUGAAGAGACAGAAAUGAAACUUGGUCUUAUAAUGAUCAUUUAAGCACUCUUCUCACACAUGUUUAGCAACAUUGCAAAUACUGCUGCUGUUUGAGUGCUCCAAUGUGAAUUUGGGUAUGCCUAAAGGCUUCAGUAAAAGUGGUCUGUCUGAAUGUAGGGUUGGAUCCACUCUACAUUAAUUUUGCUUAGUUUCUGUUCAUGGCUCAGGUAAAUUGAUUGAAAAGGGACCAAACAGUGACCAGCUUAGUCUGGAUCCAAAUCACUUUAGCUAAAUACAAAGUAGAUUACCGAUCACCUGAAGAAUUGGAUAAUGCUUAUUUGAUAUAUAAACUUAGCUUUAGAAUGGACCAUGUAAAGAAAGGUCUUUGCAUAUAUCCAAACUACUGCAAAUAUAUUGUGAAAACAACAACCCUCAGGCAGCUAAAGGUAAAUGAAGGGCUGAGGAGUAUUAGUUGGAUUUUCAUUUAUCCUCUACUUUUUAAAAAAUCCGUUCAGGUGCAUAUCUAUUUCAAGGAUAAACGCUUGGUAUACAAAUACAUGUUUUUCAAAUUAUAGUUGUAGACAUUGUAUUUUAUUUCUUUUAUUUCUGCAGAGAUGGAAAUUGGUGUACAAUUGUUGAGGUGCAGGAAGUUUUUUUUCCACCAUAUCAAAUAAUAAAAGCUUUCUAGAAUUACUUGAUCCAGCAUUGUUCUCCUGACUUCAUCAUUUUAGUUCUGCUCAUCCAUGAUUUAUGUGUUGUGAUCUUUGAUUUAUUUAUUCUUUGACAGUUUUAUAAUGAAUAUAUGUGUAUAAUCAUAUAUUGUGUCAUGUUUUUAAUGCUGUAUGUUGCUUUGUAUUUACUCAGGAAAAAAUGGUGGUAUAUACAUUUUUAAUAAACAAUUCUUGCA